GCCGAGCCUGCCGCCAUGGCCCAGCCCGCCAGGCCCCCCACCGGCUACGCCAGCCAGAACGGUGCCGGCCAGCAGCCCUAUAGCAACGGCCCUGUUCAAAAUCAGCUGAUGCAUUCAUCAGAUGGCCAGGGAUAUAGCCCUUCAGUUCCGGGAUUGUAUUCGCAUCAGACGCCAGCAAAGGUUCCUCCCCAUCAGACUUCUGGACAGUACAACUAUAGUGGCUCUCAGAACGUUUCUCAAUUAAACAAUUAUCAAGGACCUGGGCAGACUCUCAAUAGACCACCAGUGGCACAUUUCUCUGGGUCCCCAGUACAACAGACAGGUCCUGUUCCACAAGUGCUGCUGCCUGCAUUGCAAAACUCAGCUGCUAUAUCAUCUGCUGGUAGCUUUCCUCCUGGAGCUAGCCCACCAGUGCUUUCAAACUGGCAGUACAGCCAGACUCCUGUGAGUCAGCCAGUUGGGUCUCAAACAAGCCAUUUGGCUCACAUGACGGGGACAGGGUCAGCUCAGUCACCGUCGUCAUUAUCAGGAAAUACAAAUCCUCCAGGAAAUUAUCAAUAUGCUGCUUCUCCAGGAGGUCCUCCGCUUCAGAACAGCUAUAUGAAGCCAGGAUCUGCACCUCCACCAGUGACUCAGCCUUUAACUCCACUCCACCCUCCUGCAAGGCCACCUUUAGGACCUCCACCAGUUGGUGGUCCACCUUUAAUUAGGCCAUCAACACUGACAGCGGGACCACCUAAUACACAGUCUCUGCUAAAUUCAGCUGCAAAUCGAGAUGGCGAUGCUACAUCUGCUGCCAGCGAUGGGUCUGUGGUGCAAAACAGCUAUGAUGCAAUAGAAGGUGGUGGCCUCAUGGCAACUCCACAUCCUUCUCCUGCACCUCCAAAUCUUAAGAUGAAUAGAAGUGUUGGGUAUUCUUACCCUACCUUACCUCCAGGCUACCAAAAUACUUCUCCACCUGGAGCACCAGGAAUGCAAGCAUCUGCUUUGCAAUAUCCGGAUGGAUCUAAACAUUUCCACCAGCCUGCCCUGGGUACUAAUCACUUAACUGCAUCUAUGGCGGGCCUGAGUCUACAGCAAGAAGGAUUAAGACCUGUGAAUCUUCUUCAAGAAAGGAAUAUUCUUCCUAUGACCCUCUUGAAGGCUCCUGUCCCAAACUUGCAUGAAGACAUCCAGAAGCUCAAUUGUAACCCUGAGUUGUUCCGCUGUACCCUGACUAACAUUCCUCAAACUCAGGCCUUAUUGAAUAAAGCCAAACUUCCUUUGGGGCUCCUGCUUCAUCCUUUCAAAGACUUAUCGCAAUUGCCAGUGGUCACUUCAAGUACUAUUGUGAGAUGCCGUUCCUGCAGGACAUACAUUAACCCUUUUGUCAGCUUUCUAGACCAAAGGAGAUGGAAAUGCAAUUUGUGCUAUAGAGUGAAUGAUGUUCCUGAAGAAUUCAUGUAUAAUCCUGUGACAAGAGUUUAUGGAGAACCUCAUAAAAGACCUGAAGUCCAGAAUGCUACUAUUGAGUUUAUGGCUCCAUCUGAAUACAUGCUACGUCCACCUCAACCACCUGUGUACCUCUUUGUGUUUGAUGUCUCUCAUAAUGCAAUAGAGACAGGAUACUUGAAUACAGUCUGCCACACCUUGUUAGACAAUCUUGACUUGCUUCCUGGGAACACUAGAACAAAAAUAGGCUUCAUAACAUUUGACAGCACAAUCCAUUUCUACAGUCUUCAGGAAGGUCUCUCUCAGCCUCAGAUGCUUAUAGUUUCAGAUAUUGAAGAUGUAUUUAUACCAAUGCCAGAAAACUUAUUAGUAAAUUUAAAUGAAAAUAAAGAGCUAAUUCAAGAUCUGUUGAGGACCUUGCCACAGAUGUUUACCAAGUCCCUGGAAACUCAGAGUGCUCUGGGGCCUGCAUUACAGGCUGCCUUUAAACUGAUGUCCCCCACUGGAGGUAGAAUCUCUGUCUUCCAGACACAGCUUCCAUCUGUGGGAAUGGGAGCACUAAAGUCACGAGAAGAGCCAAACCAAAGAGCAACUGCAAAGGACAUACAUCUGACACCAUCGACUGAUUUUUACAAGAAGUUAGCCUUGGACUGCUCAGGGCAACAGGUUGCAGUGGAUUUAUUUCUUCUUAGCGGACAAUAUUCUGACUUGGCUUCUCUAGGUUGUAUAUCAAGGUAUUCUGCGGGUAGUGUCUAUUACUACCAGUCUUACCAUCAUAAACACAACCCUGUCCAGGUGGAGAAACUGCAAAAGGAACUGAAACGAUAUUUAACUAGAAAGAUUGGGUUUGAGGCUGUCAUGAGGAUAAGAUGCACCAAAGGUCUUUCCAUUCAUACCUUCCAUGGGAACUUCUUCGUACGAUCUACAGACUUGUUGUCAUUACCCAAUGUAAACCCAGAUGCAGGAUAUGCUGUGCAAAUGUCAGUAGAAGAGAGUCUUACUGAUAUGCAGGUUGUUUCCUUUCAGUCAGCUCUCCUGUACACAUCCAGCAAAGGUGAAAGACGAAUUCGUGUCCACACUAUGUGCUUACCUGUUGUAACAACACUGAGUGAGGUCUACCUAGGGGCAGAUGUACAAGCCAUCACUGGGCUGUUAGCCAAUAUGGCUGUGGAUCGAUCAGUUUCUGCUACCUUGAGUGAUGCUCGGGAUGCCUUGGUCAACGCAGUGAUAGAUUCUUUAUCUGCUUACCGUUCAUCAGUCUUAAGCAUUCAACAACCUGGUCUCAUGGCCCCCUUCUCACUACGGCUCUUUCCACUUUAUGUACUGGCACUCUUAAAACAGAAAGCAUUUCAAACUGGGACAAACGCACGUUUAGAUGAACGCAUUUUUACCAUGUGUCAAGUGAAAAACCAGCCCCUUGUUUACCUCAUGCUUAUGACACAUCCCAGUCUGUACAGAGUUGAUAAUCUCACAGAUGAGGGGGCUCUUAACAUAAAUGAUAGAACUAUACCUCAGCCACCCAUUCUCCAGCUGUCAGUGGAGAAGUUGAGUAGGGAUGGUGCUUACCUUAUGGAUGCUGGCUCUGUAAUGUUUCUGUGGAUUGGGAAGAACUGUGGGCAGAGCUUUAUCAGCCAAGUCCUUGGAGUUCCAAAUUAUGGCUCAAUACCACAGAAUAUGACACAUCUCCCAGAACUUGAAACUGCAGAAUCCAUCAGAACAAUAGCUUUCAUUUCUUGGCUGAGAGAACAGAGACCUUUCUUUCCUAUACUAUAUAUAAUAAAGGACGACAGUCCAUUGAAAUCAAGUUUUCUGCAAAAUAUGAUUGAAGACAGAACAGAAUCAGCCUUAUCAUACUAUGAAUUCCUCCUUCAUAUACAGCAGCAAGUGAAUAAAUGAAACACUAGCCUUUGGCUCACUUCUUUAAGGAAAGAUUUUGCAGUAAAGAACGAUUGUGCUUGUAGUAUCUUCAUUAAAUCUGUGGCCUGAGGCAGUUGAUGAGAAGUUCUCACUGUGAUUUCAACAAACUAAAGCAAAUAAAGGACCACAUCUGAGAAUCAAAUGUGCAACUACAUAAUAUUGUACCUUAAAAAAAAAAAAAAAAA